GUUAACUACUUUAUUUCAGUUGGGAAUGUUUUAGCUAACGUUAGCUAGGUUAGCUAAUGUUAAAUACUUUAUUUCAGUGGGGAAUGUUAUAGCUAACUUUAGCUAGGUUAGCAAAUGUUAACUACUUUAUUUCAGUUGGGAAUGUUUUAGCUAAUGUUAGCUAUGUUAGCUAAUGUUAAAUACUUUAUUUCAGUGGGGAAUGUUUUAGCUUAGGUUAGCUAAUGUUAAAUACUUUAUUUCAGUGGGGAAUGUUUUAGCUAACCUUAGCUAGGUUAGCUAAUGUUAACUUUUAUUUCAGUGGGGAAUGUUAUAGCUAACUUUAGCUAGGUUAGCUAAUGUUAACUACUUUAUUUCAGUUGGGAAUGUUUUAGCUAAUGUUAGCUAUGUUAGCUAAUGGUAAAUACUUUAUUUCAGUGGGGAAUGUUUUAGCUUAGGUUAGCCAAUGUUAAAUACUUUAUUUCAGUGGGGAAUGUUUUAGCUAACCUUAGCUAGGUUAGCUAAUGUUAACUAUUUUAUUUCAGUAAGGGAUAUUUUAGCUAAUGUUAGCUAGGUUAACUAAUGUUUACUUUAUUUCAGUGGGGAACUUACUAUGUGGAAAUAAAAAAUACACUACAUCCCUUCAGGGGCUCACCCAUCCUACAGCCCACCUAAAACCCAAAUGGUUAAAACCCAGUGCUUAACCACUCCUGGUCCCAUUACUGACAUCCUUAUGACCGGCCAUCAUGGAACCCUUAGACAAAAUGUUCUUGCUAGUUCAUCAUUUGCCAUUUAGCACAAGCUUAUACUAAGAGAUUAUUUGCAUAAAAGUGACAGAGCCCUUAAACGGCUCAUGCUAAGAGGAGCGAAAACUGGCAAGAAUAGAGCAGGUGAUAUCUCUUUAUGAGAGAAGGAUUUUGUGCAAAGAACUUCAUGAACAUUUUUUUGUAGCUUAUCGACCUAUUCUACCUUGUGUAAAAAGAGGUACAGUAUAAUUUGUCCCCUUUACCAGAUGGAGCAGCUGAUUGGCCACAGUGUAAACAAACAUGGGGCUGGUUUUAUAGAAACUGGACCAUAAAGAAAUCAAAUGUUACAUUUUCCUUUUUUUCAUUCUAUCGUUUAUUUGGAUAUGUUGGAUGUCCCACAAUUAUAAUUAUUUUUUUAUUUUACCAUUUUUAAUCGUUCCUCUUUAUCACUCACUCACUCAACGUCUUUAUCCGUUAAGGGUUCGCAGGGUCGUCCUUUCCUUAUCCCAUUUAAUGAACAUCCUAUUCCCCCUGGACAAAACUUUCUGGGUCACAGGCUAUUGUGGAUAAAGGCAAUCAAAUCCUCACAGCAAGUAGUCUGAAAUGAUAUUUAAAGCUCUGGAAAAAAAUUAACAGACCAUUGAUUUUACUAUGUUUAGGUAUGUGUUUGAGUAAAAUGAACAUUGUUUUAUUCUAUAAACUACGGACAACAUUUCUUCCAAAUCUAACUAUUGUCAUAUGGAGCAUUUAAUUGGAGAAAAUGAGAAAUGGCUGAAAUAAAAAAGAUGCAGAGCUUUUAGACCUCAACUAAUGCAAAGAAAGCAAGUUCAUAUUCAUAAAGUUUUAAGAGUUCAGAAAUCAACAUUUGGUGGAAUAACCCUGUUUUUAAUCACAGUUUUCAUGCAUCUUGGCAUGUUCUCUUCAACCAGUCUUACACACUGCUUUUGGAUAACUUUAUGGCACUCCUAAUGCAAAAAUUCAAGCAGUUCAGCUUGGUUUGCUUGUGAUAAUCCACCUUCAUCUUGAUUAUAUGACAGAGGUUUUAAAUUGUUUAAUUUUUAAGUGGUCUCUUAUUUUUUCCAGAGCUGUAUUGUCUUCCCUAAAGACUAAAUGUUGUUAGUGCAGCAAAAGUGGGGCUGAUUCGCCAUUAAUACCCUGAAUUUAAUGAAAAAACGCUGGGUUACUGGACCAGCUGCUGUCUGCAGGUUUCCCCCAUGUUUAUGUAACUGACACUGAAGCUUAGCCAAAUGAUGCGGUUGCUAGGCAACCGAGCCUGUGCUGCUGUAGCAGUGGAAUACUGCUCUCUGAUUGGAUAGGGUUCUCUAGUCUGCCACGAGAUUGGCUGAGCUGGAGUCAGUCAGGGCCUUUGUUUCUCUCUCACUCUCUGUCACUCUGUUGUGGGGGAGGAGUCUAUGCAGCAGAUCGUAAAGGCUCAGUUUUACUCCUCCUUCAGUCACACACACACACAUACUGACACAUACACACACACACUGAUACACCUACACAGGGGAUUAUUUGGCAUAACUACAGUGGCCUGCAAUGAUCCAGCAGACAGCAUACAGAGGGAUGAUGUGACCAGUGGAGGGAUGCUACCAGGCCAGCAGCUUCUGUAGGCUUUGCGGUGAACGGAUAUGCUGAUGGAGGAAGAAUGGAUGCUUCACUGCUGUCUAUUCACACACACUCACACAUACACACUCUUAUCUCUCACACACACACUCACUCACACACAUUCACAAUCAGUGCUACGCAAUGGGACUGAAUGAAGGAAUCAGCACCCACGGAUUGAGCAUUGCUGCCACAACAAAAAUGUAACUGACUGAAGGAUUGGUUCAGCUAUAGACCUGCCCCCUGUCCCACUCCAGAAUGUUGAGCCCUGUUCUCUGUUCUGAGCUUUCGGCGCUGGAGCCAGAGUACACAGAGGCUGAUGUCAUCUCUGCGGUGGAGUUUAGCCAAUCAGGAGAGUUCCUGGCCACUGGCGACAAGGGCGGGAGAGUGGUCAUCUUCCAGAGAGAACCUCAGGGGGAAUAUAACGUGUACAGUACAUUUCAGAGCCAUGAGCCAGAGUUCGACUAUCUCAAGAGUUUGGAGAUCGAGGAGAAGAUCAAUAAGAUCCGUUGGUUACCUCAGCUUAACUCCGCCCAUUUUCUCCUCACCACCAAUGAUAAGACCAUCAAGCUGUGGAAAGUGAGUGAGAGAGACAAGCGGCCUGAAGGCUACAACCUGAAAGAUGAAGAAGGCCGAAUGAAGGACAUUUCUAAAAUCACUUCUCUGCAGGUCCCGGUAUUGCGUCCGAUGGAUCUGCUGGUGGAGGCGUCUCUGCGGCGAGUGUUUGCGAAUGCUCACGCUUAUCACAUUAACUCCAUCAGUAUAAACAGCGACUGUGAGACGUACCUGUCAGCUGAUGACCUGAGGAUCAACCUGUGGAACCUGGACAUCACAGACCGCAGCUUCAACAUAGUGGACCUGAAGCCGGAGAACAUGGAGGAGCUCAGUGAGGUGAUCACAGUGUCUGAGUUCCACCCUCACCACUGCCACCUGCUGGCCUUCAGCAGCAGCACCGGCACCACCCGCCUCUGUGACAUGAGGUCUCGUGCUUUGUGUGACCAGCAUGCUAAAUUGUUCGAGGAGGCGGUGGACCCAGCCAAUCGAUCGUUCUUCUCGGAGAUCGUCUCCUCUGUGUCAGAUGUGAAAUUCAGUCACAGUGGACGAUACCUGCUGACCAGAGACUACCUCAGUGCUAAAGUGUGGGACCUGAACAUGGAGAACAAACCAGUGGAGACAUACCAGGUCCAUGAUUACUUGCGUUCUAAGCUGUGUACCCUUUAUGAGAGCGACUGCAUCUUUGAUAAGUUUGAAUGUGCCUGGAACGGAACAGACAGUGUAAUUAUGACCGGAGCGUAUAAUAAUUUCUUCCGGAUGUUUGACCGGGCCAGCAGGCGGGACGUGACCCUGGAGGCGAGUCGGGAGGUGUGUAAGCGUCGGGCCGUGCUCAGGCCUCGCCGGGUGUGUGUGGGGAGGAAGAAGAGGGACAGUGACAUCAGCGUGGACAGUCUGGACUUCCGAAAGAAAAUCCUCCACACUGCCUGGCACCCAACAGACAACAUCAUCGCCAUCGCCGCCAGCAACAACCUCUACAUCUUUCAGGACAGACACAGCCACCACGCGGGACACCAUUUAGAGCAGGACAGGCCUCCGCAGCUACAGGACGCACCUGCCCAGUGAACACGCCCACAGAUUAACAAAAGAAAGAUGUCCCUUUAUUUACAGGACACGCCUUGUCGAUAAACAGACACGCCCACUUUUUUGACUUGGGGCCUUUGUUUCUUUUUUGAUGGGACACACCAACCAAAAGGGGAGGGGAUUUUGUUUUGAUUUUAUUUUGAUUUUUGAUUAGAGUCUGGCAACAUCAAACCUCAAACCUGGCCUGUUCCAGUUGGUUAAUAUGAUUUACAUUUUUGUUUAUAAUAUUUUGUGAAAUUUAAUAUAAACACUAAUAAUACUCUCAUAAUAUACAAACAGUAAAAGCAACUACUUUGUAUUUUCACUCACUAGCCUUACAUUGUAGGGCCCAUGUUACAUUACGCUUAAUAAUAACAGGGUUACAAAAGCUCAUUUGAGCAGUACCCUAAAAGAACCAUAUUUGAUUCCAUAAAGAACCAUUUUUUUAAAGAUGGGAGGGUGAAGAACCUUGAAAUUGAAUUUAAACUUUUAAAAGCUUAUAAAAAUAGAUGUUUUUGGAACCAAAAAUGGUUCUUCUGUGGCAUUGUUCAAAAAGAAAUUGUAGCACCUGGAUUUUAAUAUUUUACCUCAUACCAUGAUGUGCAAAAAUCAGAGACCACCCUUCAUGUGUUUAAUAUCCAGUCAAAACAGCCAAUAAGUAGAAAUAACUCAUUUUUGAGCAGACUUUGAUAAUUUUAUACAUCAAUUAAGUCAAAUAAUUAACACUCAGAGCGAGAGGAGAACAUCCUGCUCCACUCUCACUUCAUAUAUGAAAACAUUCCCAGACGUUCGGUUCCAUUCUUUCCUCUGUGAGUCAGCAGCUCGACACUGUGAGUCAGAAAAGAAGCUCUUACUGAGAAACAGAAAUAAAAAAUAAAUAAAUACAAAGAAAUAAAGGUGCUGAAACUAGUGGUAUUCUCAGAACAAUGCAUGAAAAGACUCGGAAUCUAGGCCUCAACAUCAGUUAACCCUUUCAGAGCCUGUGUUUAUUACAAUGGACAUUUUCUAUUUUUUUAAUGUUUUAUAGCACAUAACACUAAUUGAUACCUAUAGUCCAACACUUGAAAGUGAGUCUACAGAACAGAAUAUAUGCUGGUCACGCUGAACUCACUGAAUGCUUAAACAUUUAUUAUUGGAUAAUUCUGAUCUUUUGCGUGAAUUUAGCUUUGUAAAAUGUGGCUUUAUAAAAAUGUCUGUUUUGAUUGGAUAUUUAAUGAAUGAAGGGUGGUCUCUGGUGUACAACUGCAGACUGUAGCCCAUCUGUUUGUUGCAGCCUUUUAUUUAUUUUAUUCAUUAUGGGAUCCAGUUUUAAACUACAGCACCACUGCUGACCAGAAAUAUUAUGUGGGUGGUAGAUCAUUCACAACACAGCAGUGAAACAGUCAUGGCAUGGCAGGGUAGUGUACGUGUCACGCUGGCCAGACACACGACAGACACUCGCAGACCUCGCAAACCACACAGUGAACAAAGGGGCUAGGCCUACAAGCAUGGAUAUAUACAACAUACCAGAGUAGUCAGGCAAAACAGGGUCAUACACGAUAUAUUCAGCAAAGAGAGGGCUAAGGCAAAAGAGUAGUCAAAAAUACAAAACUAUUAGGCAACGGAAUAAACAAGGCAAAAAUCGAUAGUCGGAAACAAAAAACAAGUCGGUACCAAAAUGUGUUGUUAACUAGAUUACUAGAUUAAAUACUCCGCAGAUAACAGAGCAAACUGAGGGGUAUUUAUACUAGAAAGGACAGUUGGAACCAAUUAGUAACUGGGGGAGCGGGAACGCCGUAGCGUCACGUGAUCAGCUGAGUCCGGUGUGAGUGCAUGCUGGGAAUUGGAGUCUUUGCUGAGUAGAUCAGAGUCCAGAGCAGGCAGACUGACAGUAUGGCUACAUUCACAUUACCAGACUGAAGUGACUGACAUCUGAUUUUUUUAAUUUGUCUUAAUGUCACACAGAUCUGAAUUUGUCAGUUAUGUUUUUAGUCAGAUUUAAGUCACUUUGAAUCUGUUUACAUCUGGCAUUAAAAUGCGUCUCUGGUGAUCAGAUCCAGAUGUAAACACCUACCAUGUAAAUUAUUCAAAGACAGGAAAUUUUGAUGAGAAACUGUUGUUCACCAGAAGAAAAAUGGACAUAGUAUAUAAAUUUGUUUUACUGGAAAAAAAACAAAAACAAAACAGUAUUAUAAUGGUAAGUGUAAAUAGAAUCUAGUCAAAGUACAUACAGAUACUAUCCAUAUACAAAAUGCAUGUUAAUGCCAGAUCUAAACAGGCCUUUUUUAUGUCGUGCUAAAUCGGAUAUGUAUCUGAUUUGUGGGCAUGCAGCAUGAAUGUAAUAGUCAGAUCGGAUUUCAUGCGUCUUUUUGCCUGUGCAAAUGUGCUUAGUGCAUAUGUGUGCAUGCACGCUGCUUUAGAGACGUAUUUGUUCAUAUUACAGUUAAUUACAGCUCACUUACAUUUAUGAAUGUGAACCAUCAGGACCGAUUUGAGACAAAAAUCUGAAUUGAUUAACGAGGCUUGUAAUGUGAAUGUAUCCGACUGUAAGUGAUACAAAGUGCAUCAUGCAGAGCGGUGUCACUGUUCCCUUUACCCUCUAUGGCAUGAAUUUAAUUUUUCAGGAGGAAAAAUAUAAUUUUUGAAUACUUGUGAAUGUCCCUGUGAAUAUAUCAAAUAUAAAUUUGUAUUUUGACUUUUGCUAAAAAAAAACUGAUUCAGAUGUUUUAGAGCAAGCAGUGUUUACCUGCAUAACCACAAGUUUUCAACAAGAAUAUAUAAAGAAUAGAAACAGCCAAAAUACGUCUUUACAUAUUCUUGCACAUAUAUGUAUAUUUAUUUAUUUAUUUAUUUAUUUAUUUAUUUAUGACCUACAUGUACACCUUAUUGUAUAGGACAUAGAUAUACCUUCUAACAUAAUAUAGGUACGGAACAUUGUGCCAUAGAGGGUUAAGAAUCGGUCCACCCUUUAAAACUGACCAUCUAAAAGUAGAUCUACAGUCAGGAACUGAAUAUUGAUGGCACUAAAGGUCAGGGACUAGCUAAGACAACAGAUGGCCUACAGUCUCUGCACAUCAGCAAGGUCGGGGUUUCCAAUAAAGUGGCCAGUGAGUGCAGAAAUGCAAUAGACACAGUUCAUUAUAAAUACACAUGAGCCAAACUCCCUAAUAAUGUAAUGCUGGAUAUUCUACCUAUGGUUAUGAUUGGGAAUGUAUCUCCUUGCUUUAGCUCUCUCUCUCUCUCUCUGUCUCUCGCAUGUGAUGUAAUAAGUAAGGAGAGUCUAGUUACCCAGGAUGAAAAAGAAACUUACACACUGGUUGCCUGCCAGUGUCUAAAUCACUAUUGCAUGUUUACACUACUAUUCUUCAUUAAAGGGGCUCAUUCACUGAUAACGGAUGAUUCAUAACGGCAGAGAUGAAUGUAACGUCAUGUAAAUGAAUCGGACCCUUUCUAACGUCUGAACAGUUCCCACUGUCUGUUGGCUCUACUCAGGUUUUGUAUCUCCAUGGGCCUGGGCAGGAGCGCUCAGGAGACAUCUUCCUGAUAUCAGAUCUGAUAUCAAAACUCAAGUAAUACAAUCGUCAGAGUGAACUGCUGAACAUCAAAGGAGCGUUGUUUUGAGGAGAAAUGCUGAAUACUGUAUUUUAAAAGACUUCUUGCAGCACGACUGAUCGUUGCUGUGUUUUGGUCUAUUGAUUCAAUGUUAUAUGGAAUUUGUCCACAAGAGGGUAUCUGUGGUGAUGAAAAUGUGAAUAAAGACAGUAAUUUACUAAA